CAAAAGUUUUCUUACCCCAUCCAACCAACAACUUCUUGCAGCCCCGUCCGCACCAACUCAACACCCCCAUUGUCUGCCCACCUAUGCCUCCUCGGCCGAAGAACGGAUUAUUAUGAUAAGGCCUCGUACAGGGCUCGCUGCACCAUCGCAGAGCACUCUUCGUUACCUGCGCCAAAUUGUGUUCCCACGCCACGACCACCGCCACCAAUCCCACCACCACAAUGGUAUCUCGAACCAUUGCCUUCGAGCCGCAGGGCAGCACGGAAUCCAACACGGACAGAGAAACCUACACGCCGCAGCGGUUACGGGCAUUCGUGGGAGCGGACGCUACGGUCACAACAUCGGGCACGGCAAAGCCCCGGCACCCCCGAGAACGACACCCCCGAGAACCACCCCUGCCGCCGCCGCCACCACCUCCACCGAUUCCGACAGAACUACAAAGCCAACCGGCACUCCCAAAGACAAAAAGGCGAAGAAGUCACAUCCGGAAGAUGCGGGGCGGCCUCGGCAGACACGAUGGGAAGACUCUUUCCUGGACCGGCAGACUACACAGGAGGGGCAGGAAUGGUUCCGGCAGUAUGUCCUGCUCAUACAGGCUGGGAACUUGGAGGAGGCGAAGGCGCUGUUUUUCGAAGCCAGGGCCGAGGGAGUUCACGAGUCUAUUGUGCAGAAGGCUGGCAUAUACCUCAUGGACACCUACAACCGAGUUUUGAAGCACGCCGAGGCACCCGCAAUAUUUCAACAUUUGUCAUUAUACCCACCGUUCGUCGGCGCCCGCAGCCUUAACUUGUGUCUCGAGUCGUAUUUGAUUCGGAAGGACUACGUUAAGUUUAUCACUACGUUUAAGCACUACUCCCGGAUGCAGGUUGUGAAGCCUGACCACAAGACUUACGAGCUUUUUAUAAAGUGUCUGGUCAAGGUUGGUGGUAUUUCGGAGGCACGAGACGUCAUGAAGGUGCUGGAAGACCAACGGAAGCCAGUGACGGAGAGUGCCUUUGCCGCAUUCCUAGCGGGUGUCCGAGACAAGACCGCUUCGUUUACCGAACUGGAGCAGGACUUUGAGUGGAUCAGAUCGCGGAAAAAGAUCGCUGCACCGGCGCUAUACAACAUCAUGAUCGAGGAGGCGCUCUCAUAUGGAAAGCCCCGGCUCGCGAGGCAGUACGUCGAUAUGAUGAUUCAGGACGGCGUUAAGCCUGAUGACAGGACGUUCGCUACAUUCCUGCUGAUGCAGGCGGGUGGCGGGGAUUGGGAGGGGGUCCGCAAGGCGAUGACAGAGGUGACGAAGAAGGGGAUGCAGUUGUCCCGAAGGACGCUGAAUUCGUUACUGGAUACUUACGUCGAUAUCGAUGGGAUUAAUGGGUUGGAGGAUUUCUUCGAUGUGCUCUCCAAGGAGUCUCGGUUUCCAUCACCGGCAUCCUUCAACAUCAUGAUCAGGGCCCAUCUGCAGGCGGUGAAUGAGGACGGAGUGAUGUAUUGGGUUGAAAAGAUGCGGGAAGCCGGGUUGGAACCCACGGCAGCUACUUUCAACACCUUUUUCCACGAUCUACGAUGCUCCAACGUGCCUCGCGAACUGAUGUACCGAGUCUAUCAUACAGUAUUUCACAUGGACCGGAACAGAGUUGAUGAGAUAUCACGUGAUAUCCUUCACCGAAGCGUACAUCCAGUGGAAAAGACGAUAGAACCACCGCCUUCUCUAAGCGUCAUCGCUCCCGAAGUAGCAAUGCAAAGCGCCGACGUGAUGAAGGAGAUGCGCACAGCUUUGCAGUACGGGCGCGUCCGCGAGACUCUCAAUAUCUUUCGAGAGGCUUCCGCUCACGUCGCUUUGUCCAAGGAGGUCAUUACGCUGCUCGCCCGCGCAUAUGUGCUCCUCCCCGAUGAUUUGAUCGAUCUACCAUCGGUGCUUCCCCGGGACCGCGAUCGCGCAUCCCAGAUCAAGGAGGGUGUCGUCGGACAAUUAAUCUUCCUCGUUAAGGACGAAGCGGAAAAAACACCAGUGGUGUACAGCUCCAUCCUUCAGCUCAUCUACGGACUAUACAAGUUCAUGGAAGGCAACGAUCUCUCGAUUUCUCACAACAUCGCGAAUCAAGCGGCGGCAGUCUUGACCAGCCGCCAGGAUAUGGUUGGCGCGCUCCAUAUCAUGAACGAAGUCUCUAAAACCCGAUGGGGCCGACGUACAGGCUGGGACCUUGCCGGGCUGACAGCCCUACUCCACGCAUACUGCCUCAUGUACGAUCUUCGCGGGAUGCGCUGGGUCGUAAACCGCCUAGUCGAAGGCCGGGAAGUAUCCGACGAACGCUUCCACAUCUACCUCAACGCUGCGGCCAAAAACUCGAAUUCGCGCGAGUUCCGUGAGGGUACUGCCGAGCUGCUGAUGAUAUGCCGUAGGCAUAGGAGCAAGUUGUGGGGUACACUGAAGCGGCGGGCUUCGACCAUCGUCGGUGUAAUGGAUCCCAGACAUCCGCCACAAAAUCUACAGCAGCGGAUCGAUCAGCAGCUGCUGCAACAAUCCUCUUCCCCAUCCCAACAAAUCGAUGAUUACGAUUGGGGUGACCUAGACGAUUGGGCGGAUGAUGGCGCAAGCGGGGAUAUUCCUCCCGCGGCGGCGCCGGAGACGACGACGACAACGACGACGACGACGGACAAGGUGGAAUGAUAGACUUGGUGGGUGGGUGGGCGUGGGCAUGGACGGCGUUGUUUGUUUCCUGGUGCUAUUACCUCGUGCCACAUCAUCUUUCUUCUUCUUUGCAGGCGGCUAGGAGUGUUUUUGAUUUUGUUAUAUGUAUAUAUAUGCUUGUUUUUUGGAACUGGUUGUAUCAUAUGUUGUUCUUCCUUUCGGUGUGUGAGCGGUGAGCGGUGAGGGUGUAGAGACGGACUGGC